AUGGCCGAUGACGAGAUUCAGAGGUUGCGCCAGCUUUUGGAGGACAAAAAACGACGUCGGCAGGAAGCGGAGCAGGCUCAACUGGAAGCGAAGCAGGCUCAACUGGAAGCGGAGCAGGCUCAACGGGCAUUAGAAGAACAGAUACGGCCCUUAAUGCUCUUUGAAUAUCUUGAUGCCUGCCACACUUAUCUCUUUUCGGGUCUUGUCCCUGGCAAACCCGGCCAUUCAACCAAAGGGAAUGCCGACAAUGCUGAUGGCAAACUUCGUCCUCAUCGCAUCCGCGAAUGGCUUUCGUUUGCAGAUUCGCAGACGAAAAUAUGCGCAAAUUUGACUCCUUACAUGCAAUUAUCGCUAUGGGAAUGA